UUAUAAUUUGGUUUUAUUAACUGUGCGCUAAUAUAUAUAUUGUAUACGGUAAUAAAAUAUAUUAGGUACCACGAUAUUAACUCCGAGAGACUUUUGCCAAACAGCAACGUUUUACUACGGAGCAAGCCACACAUAUCGAAAUAAUAUACAAUCAAAAUAUAAUAUGGUUGUCCUGUCGCAUGCCUUCGUUUCUAUAUUCACUCUUACGGUAUUGCUAAUUGUCUUCUACUUUGAUCCCACCCAAUCGAUGGAAACUGUCCUUCAAUACGACACAUGUGAAUUGUGCAUAGCAUCUCCUUGCCACAAGGAGGGCCAUGCGUGCGCCUGCAGUUCAGACGCUGGCUGCGAGGCAAAGUGCGGGGACAAGUCAAAGUGCACGUGUGAUUUUGCGUGUUGGGUGUGCGUGGAAAAAGGCAAUGCGGCGACAAUGCAAUGCACCCACCUGAGCACGAUGUUCGAUGAUUCUUGCAAUGUGGUUCCUUACGUACCUAAAAAGGAUAAGUAAAAUAACAAUUGUAAUUAUAUAUUUUAUAUAUAUUUGCAUCCGAUUAUCACAACGAUGAAUAGAAUAUUAUCACA